AUGUCGCGAACACUCCCAAAGAAGUUCAAUCCUCUCAUCCGGUCCGAUGUUGCUCCCAGCUGUAAGUUCAACCCAGACGCGACUAAGCGCGACCGUGCGGGCGCAUCCUCUAGCCAUCCCCCUCGUGCGCCCUCGACUCGUCACAAUAUGAUCUCUAACACGAUUUUUGUUACUACAGAUGAUGAGCUCCUUGCGCGCCGCCGUCUCGGCAAGACCAACCUGUCCGUAAAGCCUGCCCAGAUUGGCACCUCGAACGCGACCAAGCCCGAGAACUUGGGUGUGUUCGAGUACGCUCACCUCCGUGCUCCGUUGCCCAAGGAUCUCAAGGGCUCCGAGAUAUUCCCUUCACACACCGCCCAGUCGCACCCGGAGACCUACUUCUUGAUGCGCCGCAGCAAAGAUGGAUAUGUCAGCGCUACGGGAAUGUUCAAGAUCGCAUUUCCCUGGGCCAAGGCCGAUGAAGAGAGAAACGAGCGCGAAUACCUGAAGGUUCGCGAGUAUACCAGUGAAGAGGAAGUUGCUGGUAAUGUGUGGAUCUCUCCCACAUUUGCUCUUGAACUGUCCAAGGAAUAUCAAAUGUACGAAUGGGUGCGAGCACUGUUGGACCCCACAGAGAUUGUCCAGAGCCCUUCUAGCGCAAAGAAACAGAUCACUCCUCCGCCGAAGUUCGAAAUUCCCGAGGGUGAGCCGGAAAUGCCGCAGCGCAGCCGUAGAGGCCGGUCCGCUUCUCCGAGCAAGAAGUCGUCGUCUCCUCGCAAAUCCCGCACCACUCGCAUUACCAAGGAUAUUACUAGCACCCCAUCUACGACUGCCGCAAACGCCAGCCUGCAGUCAGCAUUGGACAUCACAGCUUCAGCAUUGAACGUCGAGAGAUUCCCUGAGUUUGGAGUCGUGGAUGAAGCGGAAGCGAAGACAAACGGAUCGCCAGAGAAGAAGACCCGAGGCCGCAAGUCAAAGCGAUCCGCUACCGAGGAGCCCGAAGAGCAGAGUGAGGAGGCGAAGGAGGAAAAGAAGGAAAAGAAGAAGGCCGAGAAGAAAGAAAAGAAAAAGCUGAAAUCAAGGAGCAGGAGGAGCCGAGUGUCGAGAUCUCAGUGA